UUAUAAACAUCCUCCCACAUUCCCUGCCUGUGCACGCUCCCUGGGAUCGCAUGAACAGCGAUUGCUGUAUGGGACCUCUGUGACACAGAACACCGAUCACUGUACAGGACCUCUGUGUGAGGCCCCGAUCAUGUGAUAACUGAUUAGCCAAUGAAUAGCAGUAAGCAAGAUGUCACUUGCAGACAUCAUUGCUUACCACUAGUGAGAUCUGUGAAUGAUCAGAGGUCACAUGGUACAAGGCUAUUCACAGCAGCCUUGUACCAUUUGACAAGCUGUGACCAAUCACAGCUC